AUGGCAAAAGUGCAUGUGAGCAGUAUGACAGUGCUGGACAAUCCUUCUCCGUUCGUGAAUCCGUUGCAGUUCCAAGUGACGUUCGACUGCAUUGAAGACCUAUCAGGGGACCUGGAGUGGAAACUCAUCUACGUCGGCUCAGCUGAAAGCGAGAACUUUGAUCAAGUGCUGGACACAGUUUAUGUAUGUGGGGCCUGUGCCCGAGGGCCGACACAUAAUGGCCAGGAGUUCGUGCACGUUGGUUAUUGUGUCAACAACGAGUUCAAAGUCAAUUGGGGCCCGUCAAAAGAGGCGGAACGAGUGGGUGCGGAGUUGUCCGUAACGGACUCCGUGUCAGCAUCACUGAAGGGUAGCACUGUUUCGUGUGAAGUGCUGCUGAUGGAAAAUGACGACGAGGAAGACGCGCCGUUUCUGCCGCAGGAGCGGAUGGAGGAAGGUGUAACACCUAGCUUUACAUUUGUCAACAAUAGCAGAUUGGAUGGGCAAAAGCUGGCGCAACUGAGAGACGAACUACUGGUGCAAGACAAGCAAGAAGCGCAUUUGAAGCAGCUCAAAGCCGAGGGGAAGGACAAGGAGGGAUUAUAUGAGGCAAAACUCCGGAAUCGGUUGAACAUGCUCAUGAUCAAGUAUUCGCUGGUGGAUCCGAGUCGGGUUCGGGACAGUGGCACGGAACUCGACGACAACAGUGGUGCUCGAUUGCUCACGAAGGCGAAUAUCAAGGACAAAAAGCUGCAGAAGCUGUGGACAAAAGCGGAAGAGGCUGGAUUUACCUUCGAGGAAUUGCUGACCCUGAAGCAAGAAUUCGUUCACUAUCAAGAGAAGCAAGAAAUGCUUGAAACCCUUCUUGCGGAUGUGGGACCGAACUUGAUUAACGAGUUGGACCCUGAAAAGCACCAUACUAGAAUAAACUUGCUGCGCGCUGAAUUGAAGUCUGAAAUGAAGAAGUUUGAGAAAGUGGCGAGUGUGAAGCUGACGGAUUCACAGAAGCGUGCUGUGGAUCGUGAGGGAUUCUUCCACCCGCGUGUGUCUUCACUCUGGAAACUCGCACAGACGUCUAAUUUCUCUGCGGAUGAGCUGGAGUCCCUCAGAGACGAGUUGCGUCACUUUGAAGCUCGCGUGGAUAAACUCGAGCACUUGCAAGCGGAGAAGGCGCUCAAAGAACAGCAGAAGCAGGAAUUGGGCAUUGCAGCGUACGACGAUGGGCAGGGGAGUGAUGGUAGCCUUGGAUACCGGGACGAGAGGAUUCGUGCCCAUGGGGAGAUCGUCGAACAACAUCAACGUCAACUUCAAGAUCGCAUCCUGAUGCGACAUCACUCGGAAUUGUAGCGAGAGGUUGUGUGGCGGGCGUUUGAAUUUUUAUGCCAAUAAAUUUUAUUUUACCCUGUUCUGGAAAUGAUGGAUCAAUCAAUUCACCCCUGAAGUUGUCUCUGUGAAAAUUGUCAACAUAUUUUCGUAAUUCACCCCUAUAGAAAUGGAAGGGAACAAGUUUAAAAGGUGUUUGGCAGGGCUGGCCCUGGCAUGGGUGGCGCCUUUGUGCAAGAAGCUAUUUGGAGUUCCUAAAAAACGUUGGAUUUCAAAUUUGCGGUGUCUUUUCACAUUUAAUAUGAAUGAUGAAAUGGGCUUGCUACCAUGACA